AUGGCUAGUGUGUUAGAGAAGAAAGCGGAUAAGGAAUAUGUGGAUGAAAAAGAUAAAGAAAUUAUAGAAAGGGUUGACUGGUACCAUGAACGGACAUCGAAGAUUUUAAAAACUAAAGCCGAUACAGGAUGGGUUUCAGGAUGUUUAGACCUUAAAGCAGAUAAAACUUAUGUUAACGAUGAGUUAGAGAAGAAAGCAGACAAGAACCAUACACAUACAAGUUUUACAACUGUUGCUAUAGAAAGUAUUGAAGGAACGGUUGAAGAAACUGGUGGGGAUGCAAUAUAUUGUAAACCUCCUAACUUUCCACAAGGUUUAACAUCGGAUGACGACAUAACGACGAUGAGAAACAUUAGAUGUAAAGAUGUUUAUGUCAUGAAGGAUGAACAUAAUAUUAAAUUCACUGCUCAAGAUUUAUAUGACAAGAAAGCAGACAAAACAGAGCUUCAAACAUUAAAGACAGAAAUACUUCAAACAUUAUAUCCUAUAGGCUCUAUUUAUACGUCAAUGAACUCUACCAGACCAGAAGUAGUACUUGGUUUUGGAACUUGGACUCAAAUAGUCGACAGGUUUUUGUAUUGUGCAAACUCUUCAAAGGAAACAGGUGGAAGUAAAACGAUUUCAGGUGAAAAUUUACCUGCGCACAGUCACUACAUAGAUUUAAGUACAUCUCAAGCAGGUUGGCAUAAGCAUAGAUAUUGGGAUUGGUCAGCAAUGACAAAAGGUAAAGGAUAUGAUGUUAAAGACAACGUUAAGUUUGCUAUAGAUUGUUACUGGAGUAACACUGAGGGAGGAGGAAACCAUACACAUCGCGUUUCAGGAUAUACGCAAACAACGGGACAAAGUAAAGACUACAUGCCACCUUACAUGACAGUUUACGCAUGGUAUAGAAAUGCUUAG